CCUAGUGUUUUCCCACUCCAUGUCCUGGCAGCGUUCCCCAGAAGUACAAACACACACACAGAGCUCCUAUUGUUGAGCCUUCCCCAGCCCACUGAUCCUAAUAUGGAAUGCAGCAGGAAACCCAUGAUUUCCUGACACUCGGCAAGCUGGAGGAAGCAAGGGCAAAACUCCAUUAAAAAGCCCAGCCUUCCUCCAUGUUAGAUGUGAAGUGGAAAAUGGGGAAGAUUUAGCAAAAUUCCACUGUGUCUUCCGCCAGGCUGGAGAGGGAGGAGAGCAGAGUGAAACCCUCAGGCUGCUGAAAUUUCCAGACUGCCAGGAAGCCCCGAGAAUUUGGUGAAAAUGAGGGUUUCUUAACUCAAACUGAUAGGGAAAAGGAACAGACCCUUUGAAUAACUCUCCCAAGUGUGUGUUACCUUUCUUUACCAGUAUGGUAAGCAAGAGGGCAUACGCCAGCCGCCUCAGACAAGUCUGUGUGAGCCAAGGUCCUCAAAGGAGGGCAGAGCGAUCUUAAGCCUGCCACUCGCUUCCCGCCACUCCAUGGGCUUCGGGAGGAGCAGGGGAAGCAACAGCAGCAGCACAGGCGCGGCAGCUGGAGCCUCGAGAAUGAACUGCAAGGAGGGGGAUGGCAGCAGCUGUGGCUGCGGGGGCCCCGAGGAGAAGACGAUGCUGAAGUGCGUGGUGGUGGGCGACGGCGCCGUGGGGAAGACCUGCCUGCUGAUGAGCUAUGCCAACGACGCCUUCCCGGAGGAGUAUGUGCCCACCGUGUUUGACCACUACGCAGUUACUGUGACAGUGGGAGGCAAGCAACACUUGCUCGGACUGUAUGACACCGCAGGACAGGAGGACUACAACCAGCUGAGGCCGCUCUCCUACCCCAACACCGAUGUAUUUUUGAUCUGCUUCUCUGUCGUAAAUCCUGCCUCUUACCACAACGUCCAGGAGGAAUGGGUCCCGGAGCUGAAGGACUGCAUGCCUCACGUGCCUUACGUCCUCAUAGGGACCCAGAUUGACCUCCGUGAUGACCCCAAAACCUUGGCCCGUUUGCUGUAUAUGAAAGAGAAACCUCUCACUUACGAGCACGGUGUGAAGCUUGCAAAAGCGAUCGGAGCACAGUGCUACCUGGAAUGCUCCGCCCUGACUCAGAAAGGUCUCAAAGCGGUUUUUGAUGAAGCAAUCCUCACCAUUUUCCACCCCAAGAAAAAGAAGAAACAGUGCUCCGAGUGUCACAGCUGCUGUUCAGUUAUCUGAGGUGGCUGGAGACCGGCUCCACCCCACCUAAGGGUGAGAAUGGCAACCAACCUCUGCGACCGAGCUCAAGCCAGAAAGGAGGGCAUGACCAGAGAGAAAGUCCCUUCACACGGAGGCUUGCCCCUCCACCCUGCGAGCCCUUCAAGCGCAGCACACCAGUCAGCCAACUGCCACAUCCUCCCUACCAGCCAGAACAAUCCACGUUGCACACUCUACAAGAUGCUGAGCCCAGAUCUCAGCCAGUGCCGCUGCUGACCAUGUUGGAAACAAGGUCAAAGGCCAUCUUGCAUUUUACAUCCCUCCCUCCCAUAAACGUGAACUGAUAGGAAAUCUUCACAGGAAAACCAAAAGAGGCACUCGGUUCCUAUAUUGGUGGCCUUACUUGAUGUCUUUUACAAAACAUGAGAAUACAAUAUGUACUAACCUUUUUUUCUGAAUCUGCUGUUCUACCUAUGUGUCUUACAUUCAUUUGUAUUAUGUUAAGAAAUUUACUAAUUUACCAGUUUACUCAGGCCUUACAAAUCCAUACCAAAGUAGCCUAAAGACAAAGUGUUUAAUAUUCAUUUCUAUUUUCAGCAUGUUUCUACCAAAGCUAUUAGAAGCAACAUGUACCUCUGAAUGCCUGAUUACAAGAAGAUACAAGAAAAUGUUAAAAAUUUUGGAAAUUUACAGAGCCAUGAUUUUCAAAACUGGUUGAAAGAAAACACCAAGUGAAUUGUUGCAGGUCUACAUUUUUGCCAAAGAUUCACCCUAGAGAUGUUUAUGUUGAUAGGUAGCCUUAUUUUUUCCCUAUUAUUCGUCUUGGCAAAUUACAAAUGAACUGUGUUUAAGAAAGUAGUAUUUCUGCUUUUUAAUCAAAUUGGUUGGGGAGAGAACAUGGCAGACUUAGCUUUUAAAAUAUUCUUUAUCCAGCAAAGUGAACUUUCCUGCUCCCUCCCUUCCCCAUUGCAUGCCCCUUUCCUCCCUUGAUUUCACACUUUCUCUCAUGCCCAAUAAUAACCCGAUCUCGAAGAAGGAUCUGGCCAUGGGGCACAAAAAAGUAAAAGAGUAAGUAUUGAAAAGUCCCCAAAGGUUAAGCAAAAGUCCCUCAAUUUUUGCACUUGCUUCAACUGAAAAAGCUUCUCAGCUUGCCCCAGGGAAGCUCCCAUUCUAUUUAAAUGACAUUUUCCAAGUACAACUGGUACUAAAAUAUUGCCUCUCCCUAUUUCCUAUACUCAUUGUCCCAAAUGGGUAUUUAGGAGCUAGAUCCGUGAGUUUCAAGUUCUGGAUCUCUUUAUUCCCUCCUUUCAAAAUGAUGUGCUCCAGAGAGCAGGGACUUUGGCCUUGGGGUAAUAAAAGCCCCCCAGCAAGGAAUUAUGUGCUCUUUCUUUAUGCCUCUUUCGAACACCCAGGGAUUCUUGUAUCACGGAGUGAAUUACUUCUUAGCUUUUAAUUAGAGACUAUGAAGUCUUCUAACUAGUCAUAUUUGCUUACAAUUACCCUGGAAACACCCAGACAGGCACUUUAUUUUUUAUUUCAAUUGCAUAAGCCAAGUGCCUCUUUGCAGCAUAAAAUUACAGCAAUUUUAGUUUAAGAAUUUCCAGAUUCAUACUCCUUCUGUUUGAAAAAUCCAAUAUUUCCUGUCUCUUCUGCUCCUGGAGGAAGGACAUAAAAAAAUAAGUGUAUGGUGUGGGUCUUCUCUGUUAAGACCUUCCAUGACACCCCCUCAGUUUUUUGGGUUUUGUUUAUUUGUUUAGAAUUUCUGAAAUGUGUUUUCCCUUAUUCUACAUUUCAAGUUCUACUUCCCUUCUCCCUCAUCUAGUUACUAAACAUUUUUUUUAAACAUACACACACACACACGCCCUAAAAGAAAACGGGAGUUUUGUAAGUCAAAGCUUGACAUUUAGAGAAAACAAGGACUUUCUGCCUUUGUAAAUAGAAAUCAACCGUGUACCAACUAUAACUCUGCAGAGGUUAUGAAUUCAUCCUUUACAAUGAUGAGCAUUUAGCCCGGUAAUAAAUGAAGCGUGUUAACCA